UCUAUCUUCCUUUGUGUCUGAUCAUUUCACCACCAUAUUGCCUGGGAAAAUGAUUGCAUCAAAAACCAUGCCCUUCCACUGAUUGUACACUAGUUAGAAUCGAUGGCCAUCAAAGGCUCUUAUUUGGCAAUCUCAUUGAAAAGUACUCUUUCUAGAAUUUGCGCCAAGCCUUAUACAUGCGCAGCCACAGCCCUCCGCCCUUGUAAAUUACAGCUUCGCUUUCCCAGACCCCAUGUGCGAUCUUGAACGUGGACGGAGUGUCGUGAUAUGACUCAUUAAAUACGUGCAAGGCAUUCUUACAACCUUUCAAUUUGUGUGGACCAAGACUUCUUGAAUCCUCAUAUAACCCCCAUCUCUUUCCCGGAACCCCUUCACCAAACCCGAAGGACCUCAAACCAAUUACACAACCAUCAUAUAAUCAACAAAUCAAGACCACAAUGUCUUCACCUCAGCAAGAACCGCAACAAUCCCAACCCCUCCUAGACCCCGACUUCCUCGCCCGCCUGCAACAGCACUCGAGGCUAAAACCUCGCUCCCACACCACACACCAGACAAUCCACCUCCCAGAACUCAACUCCCGCCUCAGCCUCAACCUCGACAUCCCAUCCCCAUCACCCUCCAACCCCCCUCCCCCUGAGGACCCCUUCACACCACGCCCAGACCUAACGACCAAAACCCCAAUAACAGCAAUCUACCUCGGCAACUCGAUGCUCGAGCGCCUGAAGACGACGGGAAGCGCCACAAAGACGGCGUCUCAGGUCCCCGGGUCGUGGAACGCGGGGUGCGGGGGCGAUAGGAAUGAGAAUGUGAUUUACAGAUGCGCGGGGGUGAGUGAGCUCGGGCUGUUUGACGUGCUUCGCCGCCACGGUGGUAGUGAGAGUGUCAAGUUGUGGGUGCUGGUGUCCGGAACGAACAAUUUGCAUCCGAAGCGUGGGUUGAGGGAGGCGGAUGUGGAGAGUUGGAGGGUUCUGGUUGAGGGGUGCUUGCGGGUGGCGCCGGGGAGCAGGUUGCUUGCUUGUGAUAUGUUUUACAGGCUGGACGUCAGUGAUGAGUUGGUGGAUAGGGGGAACGACAUGUUGAAGGGAAUCGUGGGGGAUAUCAAUAGGGAGUUUGGUGAAGAGAGGGUGGUGUGGAUCGAGUCGAGGGGGGCGGUUGGGAAAGAUAUGUUGGUCGACCAUGUGCAUCUUGAUGAGAGGGGAUAUCAGGCAUGGGACAACAGGUUGUUUCCUUUCAUACGGGAUACAUUGGGUCUAUCUACGGCUGAGAACAAAUGAUUGAGAUGGAGCACCAUCUAACUACGAAGACCUUUUUCUUUUCGGACCAUUGGGAAAAACACUGCAUGGUUUCUCAGAUAUUCCCGCUAAGUCUAUCCGAGAAUUUCGGCCUUCCACUGCGCACGCGUCUUCUGUGCAUACUUCGCAAUAUGCUUCUUCAGUUCUUCCUUGUACUGUGCCUCAUCCCAUCGACACUGGAGGG